UGGCCCUCUUUACUUCCCGCUCACGAGGAAACAAAUGUGGUUUCGAUGAAAAGACGAUCAAUCAUAUAACUUUUCAAUGCAAUGGCUCGUGUUCCGGGGAUCGAAUAUACGAAAUGUACGCUGAAAUCGAGCCCCGUGGUACAACCUGCAUGGAAUGACUAUGAUGGAGCGUUACUAUCUACCAACGGAGGUGGUGAUCCACAACUCCCCGAAGGACUGUUGGGUUUCCUACCUCGGGGGUGUUUACGACUUGACAGAUCUCUGCAGCAUGUAUCAGGACAGUGAUCAGAUCAAACCGAUCCUCGCCCACGCUGGCAAAGACAUAAGCCACUGGUUUGAUCACCGCGUAAAUGAUAUCCGACACUACAUUCAUCCAGUAACAGGAGUCGCCGUGCCUUACUGUCCGCAUGGACCUAUUCCUGACGUCAAUCCUGUGGCACCAACUGCGUCCUGGCGACCCUUGGAUCGCUGCCCAUGGUGGCUAGAAGAAAGAUACAAGAUCGGUAGUCUUACUAGCAAUCCGAGACCCUGCAAGGUCUUGAACGUCCUCGUCGGUACCCAGGCAGUGAUAUCGGUUUGCGAGGAGGACAACAUCGAACGCAUCCAGGAACGGUUUUUGGGCUUUAACAACCAUGGCGCUUCGUAUACUUGGAAAUUCGAAGGAAAAGACAUUGAUUCUCGCUGCACCUUGACCGAAAAUGGGAUCCCUGAUGAGAGAGAUCGAUUCAUUGCCGCUGGACUUCCAGAUGAUUUUUAUAUACCUUGCCUGCUUUGCUACUACAACGACGAUCUUACUGAGGCUUGA